AUGGAGGAGACAGAGAAAGCGACCGUGUACGCCGAGGACGACCGAAAGGCGGCGCGCGAAGAGCUCACCAAGGUCCAAGAGGCAUAUAAGGCUGUCGUGGACGGCCCCGAUCAGCAUUUGGCCGAGGAAGUCAAGCGACGGAUUGGGCAGCGCAUCCGCGAGCUGGAGCAGGGAGUCGCGGCGAUGGAGGAGUUGGCCACCCAUCACGACUAA